AUUCAAGAAUUACUAGAGGCUCAACGCAAGACACAACAGCCGUGUUGUCGAAUUCGCACGACACUGCUACAGACCCCUACCACUGUACAACCACAAAGCUGCGACUGCAGAAGAAAAAAAAAAAAAAAAAAAAAAAAAAAAAAACACCACCGACUCCGAUCGACACUUCCGCUGCUCUUCCAAUCCGGCUCCACAUCCAAACCACCGUCGAGUCGCGCACAUUCCCACCUCGAAACGUCCCACGAACCGGCUUCGACAGCCUCGCGAGGCUCAGCUCAGCUUCAGCUCCAUCGUCGCCCUCCCGAGGCAAAACAAGAAUCGGCAUCCUUGCCCGGCAUGGCUGCCCCUCGACAGGCAGAGACGAGGCUCCAGGAGGCGGCCGUCGUCACUGCCCGCAGCUCCAGCGACGCAAACGUCAACGCCCUGAACCGCCGCAGUCGCUUACCCCUGGACACGGCGCCUGCUCCAGUGCACCAGACCGGCUGCUUCGAGGUCGACCGGGUCAUCAAGAGCGGCUUCGUCCAGAAGCGCGGCCAGAAGACAAAGAAGUGGAAGAGCGUCUACCUCGUCCUGCGACCAAACGGCAUCUCCAUCUACAAGGAUGACAAGGAGACCAAGCUCCGCCACCACCUCUACACCUCCGACCUCUCCGCCGUCGCCUUCCUCAAGGACCCCAAGCACAAGCGCCAGAACCUCUUUGGCCUCUUCUCGCCCUCGCGCAACUAUCACUUCCAGGCCUCGACCGCCCAGGACGCGCAGGAAUGGGUCGACGCCAUCCGCAGGACCGCCCGCCUCGACGAGGAGGAGGAGGAACUGUACCUCGGCAGCCCCGUCGUCCACACCGUCGCGUCGCCCGGCGCGCCCGACAGCUACCGCCAGCCCGCCUACGCCGCCUUCUCGAGCUCGCCCGAGAACAUGGGCAGCAACUUCGACUCGACGGUGCCCAAGUCCAUGGCGCCAGGAGGCAACAACCAUCGCUUCUCCUACACGCUGGACUCGUCCGGCCUGUCCGGCAACGAGAUGCUCUCCUACUCUGACUUUUCCGACAACGAUGGCCCCCGACGACAGGGGGGCACCUCCUACGAGAGCCUGGCCGCGCAGUCGCCCCCCGAGCUGCACACGCCCGGCGCCGCGCCGCAGAAGCUCAACCCACUGGGCCAGCGCCCGGAGACGGGGGGCCGCUCCGCCAGCCAUGUCAGCGCCGUGACGGCCGAGCAGGAGUCCGAGCGCGUCGUCUGGCAGGGCGCCCUCUGGAUGCAUCGCAGCAAGGGCGGCGUGCGCCAGUGGAAGCACAUGUGGGGGGUCCUGCGCGCCCGCCAGCUGGUCCUCUACAAGGACGAGUCCGAGUACGCCGCCCAGAGCAUCAUCGAGGUGGCCGACGUCGUCAGCGUCGUCGAGAUGGACCCCGUCAGCCGCAGCAAGACGAACUGCCUGCAGAUCAUCACCGAGGAGAAGACGUACCGCUUCUGCGCGCCCGAUGAGGAGUCGCUCGUGCAGUUUUUGGGCGCCUUCAAGAGUUUGUUGGCUAGGAGGCGGGUGGCGGCCAAUGUCGUCAAGCCUCCGUGGUGAUUGUUGUCGGCCAGCCAAUUCUCUUUUGCCCC